AUGGCAUUGUUGUACAGGCACUCCCCCCCAAUAGUACUCACAGCAAAUCCUGAGACCCCAGGUGUUGCUAUUAUAGAACCUGGGGAUGUUGCUGGUGUAGAGUUUGAAUUGGCCAAGAGGAAAAGAUGCAAACCUAAGAAAUUCGAAGCCUACACCGACCCAACAAGAAAGAAAGCUCAUUUGGAUGCGAUUGAUGACGUGCCAUUAGUCCUCGACCCUCUAAAGAAGCCACUUGCUACACAGUACAGGACGGUCAGCAAGUGGUUGCUUGGAGAUAUUCCGAACAAGACGAAGAGGGAUGUCCAAACUGGUGUGUAUGGUUCGAGUUGGUUUCUGACGAUGAAGACACCACAGUUUUGGAUCGAUGAUGGGCAUAUUGAUGCAGCCAAGCAUAUGCUACGUAGGCGUCGACAGUUCUAUCCCGGGGCGUAUCGGCAAGAUGCUGUUGUGAUGAAUAUUAUGUUCUCACAAGUGGUACCGGGCCGUUAUGUUGCAUAUCAGAAUGCCAAGGAAACGGAUAAGAAAAGGUUUUUGUGGGAUUCAGAUGUGAUAUCAAUGAUUACGGGAAUUGACAAUCAAUUUAUGGCAUCGUGGAAGGGAGUAGACACUGUAUAUUGGUGCCAGAACUACCUUCAAGCGCAUUGGUUUGCAGUUGAAGCCUCCAUUUCUACUUGGACUCUGAAUGUUUAUGAUUCGGACGUGACAGUGAUAAGUGAUAAACAACUGCAAUCGUUUAUGAAGUCAUGGUCUACUUUGUUCCCAUCGUUGUUAUUGCAGUCACAACUUUUCAAGGACGACCCUCGGUUGACGAUUCACCUGGAGCUAAAAGAUGCAAAGAGUUCAAUGUGCACCGCAUGCCAGUUGAUUCAGUACCCCAAACCAAAGUCAGUGGAGAUUGUGGUGUGUACGCCAUCAAGCACAUCGAACACUUAUUGGGUAGGCUACCACUUCACACAAUCUGCGAUGACAACAUGGAGUUGUUCAGAAACAAAUGGACAGUUGACUUAUGGUAUCAGAAUAGCAUUAGGUGAGGAGUCUAAAUUUAGAAGGAAAAAAAAUAAUGAAGAGAUGAGAUCGAGUAAGAAAAAGAAAAAUGUGCUCAUAGCAGCAUAA